GGGGAGGUUCGCGUCGAUUUUUGUUCGCCGGCGUUGGAUCCUGUGGCCCGAUAGCAGUCAUGCCCCGCGCGCAUCUGGGUUAUUGCUUCGCACCAUAUGGGCACGGUGAUCGGAUGUGUUAACCUCUGCACCACAUCAAUCACGACAAUGACAGGUGCGACAUGAGCUUCUGCUGCAGAACUCUCUGGCACUGCCACGCCAUGUCAUGGGCGCGCGUACGGUCGGCUCAUGGGUUGCCGCAUGCGCUAGCUACUCCAUCGCCAGUGCUCCUUCCAUGCCUUGCCUAUUUUUGUCCGCAGCCAUUCGUGAUUUGCGCUCCAGGUUUCAAUUUGUGCACGUGGUGUUGUCAAUUUGCGGGUGCCGCGAUGUCGAUCGUUCCGCCAUUGGCCGCGCUGGCUGGGGCUGGAAUCCCGAAGUUGAUCCUCGACGUCUUGCCGUCGCUGUCGCCUUUCAAGUGCUUGCUUGGCUCCGUGUUCCUUUACAACAGCCCUCACAUGGUCAUGAUGUACCUGAAGCAGAAGGCCUCCAAGCAUAUGCCGAACAAUACGAAUCCACGCGGCCAGACAGAGGAGCUGAAGAAGGAUAAGGAGGUCGGCGAAACCUUGCAGCGUGCCCAGGCUGCACAUCAGAACGGCCUCGAGUCGUUUCCUGUCUUCGCCGCAGGCGUGAUGGCCUGCUUUGCGUCUGGCGCCGACAGGCAGACUGUUGGAAAGAUCGCAACGGCUCACUUGCUCAGCCGCGCUGCUUUCAACGUUUUCUACAUAGCACUCCCGCCGACAGACGCAGUGGGAGUGUGUCGGUCCCUCAGUUGGAUCGCCUCGCUUCUCUCCUCGUGCCAGCUUAUCGCACUGGCAGCUUCGAAAUCCGGCUUCUGAGACGGUCGUUGCAGCAGGCGCGGUCGGAGUCGGUUUUGCAUCCGCGUGACUGAGGCCUUGUGCGGGACAUUUCGCGAGGCGGUGUAAUGGUUCGAUGAGCUGAGCAUGUGGUGAAA